AUGGACGAUGGAGGCUGCGGGAGAACAGCGGAGGAGGAUGGCCGAUUUUCGAUGUUGCUGGUGUGUUCUUGCCGAGUUGGUAUUACCGGAGCUCGACGGCGUCAGUGGUUUCUUUGUGGGCGGUCGAUUUUUUGCCUCCAAACCCUCGAGAUCGGAUGGCUCGGCGGUAAUUUUGACUGCGGCCGGAGUUUUGAUUUUGAGGCGGAUCUGACUGGAUGGAGAGGGCUGAGGGCGGCGUUGAUCGGAGAAGUAACCGGAGUUCUGGAGGUGGCGGGCGGAGGAGCAGAUGCAGUUUCCGGCAGCAGCUUUGAUUGGUGA